AUGCUGGUAAACUGGCUUUUAAGCUCAAUCUCUGAGUCAAUGUUCAUAGUGAUUUCUAAAUGCCUGUAUUUCGUUGAUAUGUGGAUUACUCUUGAAAAAGAAUUCCUUAUUGAGUCUCGAACAAAAACAUUGCAUGUCAAAUAUUUGUUACAAAACACUAAAAAGGAUAAUCUCAGUAUCCAUGACUACUUUGUUAAAAUGAAAGGAUUCAUUGAAAAUCCAUUAGCAAGUGGGAUAAUUGUUAUGGAUGAAGAGCUCAUGAACUACAUUAUGGAUGGUCUUAGCUCGAAGUAUGAUGUUGUAGUUGUUAACAUCACCACAUGUUUGGAGUCUAGGCUAGAUCCUCUUACUGUACAAGAAGCUCAAAUUAUUCUACAAAAAUAUGAGCCUAGGUUAGAGAAGGAAAAUUUAGCUAUGAACUCUAUGAUUAACAACGAAUUUCAUGGAAGCUUAGUACAUUUAGCUAAUAUCUCAACUGAUAUGACCAAUAAGAAGUAUCAGAAUAAGCAGAGUGAUCAGCUUCAGUUCAAAGCUGGACAAUCUUAG